UUUUCAAAAAAUCCUGUAACAUCACCAUGGAAACCAGGUGCCAUGAGGGCGGGAUGGACGUGGUGUAUUUUGAGGACAGGGGCGGGGCCAAGCUCAAGCUACAGGUGGUAGAUGGCAGGUAUUUCCCGACCUUUCCGCAUGACGUCAUCAAAAACAUGCGCGCGCUGAAGAUACGGAGCGAUGACGUCAUACUGGCCGGUUACGUCAAGGCUGGCACACACUGGGUAUGGGAGAUCACCCGCAUGCUCCUGGCUAACACGACAGACGUCAAACUCCAGGAGAAGGACGACUGCAUGAUCGAAGACACAGCCCAGCCCGUGCUGGAUGCUCUCCCCUCCCCGCGCGUCCUCAACACGCAUGUCCUGUUUGAUCAACUUCCGGUCGAGGUGUUGACCCAGAAGCCGAAAAUAAUUUACCUGACGAGAAACCCCAAAGACACGGCGGUCUCCUUGUACCACCAUAACAGGAAACUGUGGGACUACUACUUCUACGACGGGAAGUUGGAAGACUAUAUCCAUUUAUUUUUAGAAGGAAAAGUGGACUACGGCUCCUGGUUCGACCAUAUACGCUCGUGGGGAAAUGUUUUAAAGGAACGACCAGAACUGGAUAUACUAGAAGUAAACUACGAAGAUCUGUCGGAGGACCCACUGAAGAAGAUACGUCAGAUCGCGUCCUUCCUUGGCGUCUCGCCCACAGAAGAACUCGUUGCUCGGAUCAACUCGGCCUGUUCUAUAAAUAGCAUGCGCGAGCGCAAAGGUGGGCUGUAUGCUGACUCUCAAGGACUUUCCAUCAUGUACAGAAAAGGCUUGGUUGGAGACUGGAGAAACGAAUUCACAGCAGAGGUCAAUGAUCUGUUUGAUGGAGUGCUGAAAGAGAAACUGGUCCACUUGCAGGAUUGUGGUUUACAAUGGAGGUUCCAGUUGGAUCAGUAACAGGGGCUGUGGUCAUAUGUACUGCUGGUCAAGUGGUUAUUCUAAAUUGGUUAUUUGUACUGCUGGUCAAGUGGUCAAUCUAAACUGGUCAUUUGUACUGCUGGUCAAGUGGUCAAUCUAAACUGGUCAUUUGUACUGCUGGUCAAGUGGUCAUUCUUAACUGGUCAUUUGUACUGCUGGUCAAGUGGUCAUUCUAAACUGGUCAUUUGUACUGCUGGUCAAGUGGUCAUUCUAAACUGGUCAUUUGUACUGCUGGUCAAGUGGUCAAUCUAAACUGGUCAUUUGUACUGCUGGUCAAGUGGUCAUUCUAAACUGGUCAUUUGUACUGCUGGUCAAGUGGUCAUUCUAAACUGGUCAUUUGUACUGCUGGUCAAUUGAUCGUUUGUACUGCUGGUCAAGUGGUCAUUCUAAACUGGUCAUUUGUACUCCUGAUCAUUUGUAAUGUAUGCCAAGUGGUCAUUCUAAACUGGUCAUUUGUACUCCUGAUCAUUUGUAAUGUAUGCCAAGUGGUCAUUCUAAACUGGUCAUCUGUCUUUCUAGUUAAGUGGGCCUUCCAAAUGGUCAUUUGUACUGCCAGGUACUUGACCUACUGGUCAAGGGGUCACUUAAGGACAUUCUCAAGUGUUUAUUUGUACUGCUUAUCUAGUGGUCAGCAAUACACAUUUUAAACCUGUGGUCGCUUUUAGGUUUGGUAAAUAAUGGGAAUUGUAAAAACGUCUGAAAUGACAUUGAUAUCCCUCAUGUGUUUCUAGACGCUUUUUUUUUUUUUGGUGUGGUGGUUCAUUUCUUCCUAUUGUCUAUCAAUGAAGUAAAGCGCAAAAGAGAAGGAAUACUUCAUGACCUUUGCUCCAGUUGUUUGCUCUGGACUUUUAAGAUGGUUGGGGGAGGGUCAGUAGAGGGAUGAAGGAAACAUAUUUUAAACUGUUACCUACUGUGAUCCACAAUCCCAUCCUAUGUUGCAACUGUUUUUUUUAACAAAGGUUAAAGAUUUUUUAAAUGGCAAAUUUAAUGUAAAAGAAUUAUCAUGUAUAUUUUAAUGAAUGUUUUUUGUGAUACUUAUACAAACACUGGGAUGUUUCUGGGAUGGUUAUGCCUAUUUCUAAUUUUUAAACAUAGUUUUGUCUUUGAUAAAUUUAUGAAGAUGUUGUGUAGUAAAACGUGGUGAGCUCCAGAUAAAACUAAUCUCCUACAGCUUAAAACUGAGAUUACUUAACCCGUAUAAAACAAGUUUGCUUUUUCACCAAUAUUCUUUUUAAAAAUAUUUUCAUUAAAUUGGUGUUUGUCUUCAGUAAGUAGUUAGGGCUCAUACAUAAAUGACAGCGUGCUUUUCAAAAGAUUUUACAUUCCCCCUCUUCGUAACAAAGAAAACAAACACACAUUCCCUCCUCCCCCACCCCAUAAAUGUCAACAGUUGUUUAUUAACAAUGCAAGUGUGAAUGAAAAGUUACCAAACAUUCACCACCCCUCCACCCCCCUUACGUCUCCUCCCAUCCUAUGAUUGCAUGAUGUCGUUUAUGACUGACCUCAUAUAAAAAAAGGACUAUAACAAUUUGUUUUAAAUUUUCAAAUGCAAUUAUAUCGAACAAAUUAUAUCACAACCAGCAGAAACAAAGACCAAAAAAUAAAACUAUCAGAUGCUUGUACCUUUGGUUUACAUCGGAUUGUAAAAUAAAACACAAUUUAUUUUUAGUAAGUUGUUUAAGUCUUCAAAUGUGUGUGAAAACAUAACUAAGAACAAAUUGUUCUCUGUCAACUUGUUGUUUUAUUCUCUAUAGCCAUCUUCAAUCUAAACAAAAUAUGUCAAAUUAUUUUUCUAUUCUCUAUGGCCAUCUUCAAUCUAAACAAAAUAUGUCAAAUUGUUUUUCUAUUCUCUAUGGCCAUGUUCAAUCUAAACAAAAUAUGUCAAAUUGUUUUUCUA